AGAUCAGGAGUAUUAGGAAAGAACACUCUUGCUGCUGUCCGAGAGGACAUGGAAAAACUUCAAGUACCGUCGUGGAUGGCCGUUGCUCCUCGUCAUCCGGGCGAGGCCUCUCAGGGCAAAUUUACUGCCGACCAAUGGCGCGCAUUUUGCAACAUCAAUCUACCGAUCACCUUAAUCCGCCUCUGGGGAUCUUUGCCUCGCGAAGAACGCAGAUACAAGAUGCUCGUCAACUUUAUGCACCUCGUGACUGCCGUUCGUCUAGCUAACAUGAGGGUCAUGACAGAAGAUCGUGCACAGUCGUUCGAGCUUCACAUACGAACAUAUCUCGAGGGACUGAUUGGUUUUGGUACAAAUGAUCGCUCGGGUGGUUUGUAUCCACACACACGCCUGACCCCUUACCAGCAUAUGAUGGUUCAUUUCGGGAACCUCUUGCGCCUAUUCGGUCCAGUCCAUAGUUGGCGAUGUUUCCCCUUUGAACGGUUCAACUAUAUUUUACAAAACACAAGUACGAAUGAUCGACUCGACGAACUGGAAAAGACUAUGUUUACACGAUUCUGCAUGAUGCAGAGGCUGAAGUCUCUGUUUCAUGGAGAGGGACUCCCACCAAUUGUUGAUGAGCUAGUGACUUUAUAUCGGGACACUUUUGAAGAAUCAGAUUCUCGCGGAACUCGUAUAAACGACGCACUUGCCUUCGAAGACAUGUCCGAUUCGGAGAAUGUUGCGGAUUGGCCGGUCUCGUCACUGAAAAGGAUGAAGACAGAGACUUAUGACAAGGUCCUACGAUAUGGCACUGGUGAAAAAUGGCGCUUGUGGACUUCCGUUCGCACACACCACAGAAUCAAACGACGAGGUCUUACUUUUACCACCCGAGAACACUCGUUUCCCGACGCCCAAGUUGUUUUCAAUGAAGAAAGUGCCAACGAAUGGUGUGCCGGUUCUAUCAAGCGUAUCUUCACAGCUAUCUGGGAAUCGGACGGAAAGCGUGUUGGAAAAACAUUCGUCGAAAUUCAGCUAUACAAGCCACUAACCGAUUCACAUGCUCAGCUUGAUAACUAUCGCACUUUUGGGUUCGCUGGCGGUCGGCUUUUUUACGAUAUGCUCGAAGAGGAAGUCCUCCUUCUACCUCUAGAACUAAUAUCCUCCCAUUUUGGAUACACAUUACAACCUGAG